UUCUUCCAGUGAAUAUUGUGUGGAAUUUACGUUAAAAUUCAAAAUGGAUUUCUAUUACCUACGUUAUUCAGCGCCUUGCCGUGCCGUUGAGAUGACAGCUAAAGCCAUUGGCGUCACUCUUAACAAAAAAACCGUGAAUUUAUUGGAAGGUGAACAACUUAAACCAGAGUAUGUCAAAAUAAAUCCACAACAUACCGUUCCAACAUUGGUUGAUAAUGGUUUUGCGAUCUGGGAGUCUCGUGCCAUUAUGGGUUACCUGGUUGAGAAAUAUGGCAAGGAUGACUCAUUGUAUCCAAAGGAUCCCAAAAAGCGCGCUGUAGUUAACCAACGUUUAUACUUUGAUAUGGGAACACUAGCUAAAAGUUUUGGUGACUACUUUUAUCCACAGUAUAGAUUGAAGCAACCAGCUGAUCCCGAGAAGUUCAAACAAAUGGAAGUGAACUUAGGAUUUCUUGAUACAUUUUUGGAUGGACAUGCUUAUGCCGCUGGUGAUAAUGUAACUAUAGCUGAUUUUGCUUUAGUUGCAACAGUUUCCAUGAUGAUAAUGGGCGGUAUUGAUCUCACAAAAUUCCCAAAUGUUAAUAAAUGGUGGGAGAAUGCUAAGACAAACGUUCCUGGUUUUGAUGAUAAUUGGGAUGCGUGUUUGGAGGGUAAAAAACUUUUCGAUGAAAUGAGAAAUAAAUAAUUUAUUGCGAAGUGAAAAUGUAUAGAAUUAAUUUAUAAAUUUAA